AUGUCCAACGUAGAGGCACCUGUUUCAGUCCCCACUGUCAGUUUAGACAGCAGGAGUCACAACGAGGGGGCAGAAGGCAUCUCCAUUCAUAUGGAUCUUCCUGCUCCACAACUUGAUGAAAUAAGAAAAACAGAGAACUGCCCUGUAAAUAAGGACGUUCCUGGAACUGCAGAUGAGUCUCAAGAUGCUAUGAAAAUCGCCUGGCGUUACCAGAAUUUGCCAAAAGUAGAGCCUUUGCCAGUAACUUCAAGGUUUGGUCACUAUUAUGAUGUUUCAAAGACAAUGUCUCCCGAAAUGUUACAUUCCGCAAAAAGCCACAGCUUCUUCAUGCCACAAGAAAAUCUUUUUGACCAAACAUUUUGCAACACAGAGAUGACCUGCGAUUACAGCCAGCUUCUACAAUCUAUCCAGCGAGUGAUUCACCAAGAGGGCUUUGAUGGAACGAAUCCCCAGAAACGACAAAAGAACAUUCUCCGUAUAGGAAUCCAGUCGUUGGGAUCUGUUCUGUGGGGAGAUGACAUCUGUACUGAGGAACACCCUGAAAACAUGCACAGCCUGACUCGGUUUCUGUAUGCCCUGAGAGGUCUUCUCAGAACUUCUUUAUCUGUGUGUGUCAUUACAGUGCCUUCACAUCUCAUACAGAAUAAAGCAAUUACAGUGCGUGUAAGAUGCUUGUCAGAUACGGUACUUGGCCUUGAAUCAUUUGUUGGCGCUGAGAGAGAAACCAAUCCAUUAUAUAAAGACUAUCAUGGUUUGCUGCGUGUGCACCAAAUUCCUCGACUUAACAGUUUGAUCUCUGAGAUGUCAGACACAAAGGACCUGGCAUUUAAGUUAAAGAGAAAGCUUUUCACUGUUGAGAGACUGCAUUUGCCUCCAGACUUGUCAGACACAGUGAGUCGUUCAAGCAAACAGGAUCUGGCAGUAUCCACCAAACUGCUGAGCUCGGGAUGUGGAACUUCAGCCGCAGGGCAAAAGCACCUGGACUUCUAGAGAAUUUUGCUCAGCAGUUACGUUCAGAUUUUGUGGCGACCCAAACAGGGUUUCCAUAUUUUUGUAAAUAUUAUUUCUAGUGCAUAACCAUUAAAUCUUGAUUAUAAAACUUUGCAGUUAUUUUUUUCCCCCAAAUGUAACUUUAGUACUGAGAAAUAAAACAUUAAAAUCAUACACAUAGAAUGAAUAAACAAUUAAUUAAAUACAACUUUUAAAUGCCUUUAAAACUGUUGUUUGAUUUGCAUCAUUUUGCAGUCCAGGAAUAUACCCUUUGAAAAAAAACUCAGUGUUGCUGUGGCCAGUUACAGAUAGGGUAUACAUGAGGUACUGCCCCACUUUGAAGAAUAAUGCAGGGUCGACGUUCUCUUACAUAAUGAUUGAACACAACCAUGAUUAAACAUUUAUGGGGAAUACAUUUUGGAGUUUAAUAUGCCUUUAAAAUACUGAUUUGUUAUUGAAAGUGGAAUACACACAACUUUUUUAUUCAUUGUGUAGAUAUAUAUCGAUAUAUUGUUCCAAUACUUGUACUAGAUUCUGUAUCCUAUUUUGUAGAGCAUAUACACCACAGCUGUCCUAGUACGUAGAAUUUAAUAAUUGUGUUGAAAGUUAUGAUGUACAAUAGAUGCAUAGAUUGUCUCGACCUCAAAGGCAACUUGGCAUAUUAAAAACAUGGUAUGUUUCAGUCAUCAGCAUUUAAACAGAUAAGGUCACACUUUAUGUUAAUUAUCAUUAAAAAGCAUUUAAAUUAAUUCUUCCCAAAAGCAGAAUUGAUUUCAUUAUCUUUUUCAACACAGUAGUUUUAAAUUAUUUAAGGCAGCACUAUGAAAUUACAUCAACAGAUUUAAUUCUAGACUGAAAUUCAAACUGACAGAUACAUUAAUGCUAGUGAAUGUGAGGUGUUCAUUCAAGCUUAAUGGAAAAAAAUAGUGUAAGCCGCAAGCCUACAAAGAAAACAUAAUAAAAAUGCAACACUCAGAUUAAUAAUGGAAAAUAUAAACAUCUAACAUAAAGAUAACUAGUAAUGUCAAAAACUGUAUUUUCUUGUUUACAUUUAUAAUUCAUUUUUUUUUAGAUGUAUGUUGAUCCAUUUGUAUUUUUACUGUACUGUAACAUGAGUUCCCCAAAAAUAAAUUCAUAAGUCAACCAGCAGAA